AUGGCAGUUGCAGCAGCGGGUCCCGUGCUCACAUUCAAUCCCAAGGAGAACGAGUGGGAAGUUUUCUUCAAAAGGUUAGAGCAGUAUUUUAUAGUACACGGGGUCACUGAAGAAGCUGACAAGAGAGCUCAUUUGCUGUAUAGUUUGUCUGAGGAGGCGUAUAUUUUAUUAGAAAAUUUAUGUAUGCCGCAAAAGCCGGAAGAAACCCCAUACCAAGACAUAGUUCAGUUAUUGUCUAACUACUAUGGUAAAACUGCUGUUGUAUGGGUCGAAAGGCAGAAGUUUUAUAGUGCAUCCAAAUCAGGAAAAGAGACGGCACUAGAAUGGAGUGUACGACUUAAAGGUUUAGCUCGCUAUUGCAAUUUUGGUCAGCAGCUUGAGUCCAAGCUAACGGACAUUUUUGUUACGCAGUUCAAUCCUGGGAAGGUGAGAACUGAAUUAUUCAGCCUAAACGAGAACACCACCUUAAAUAACGCUGUUGAAAAGGCCAAAAUUAUCGAAGCAACGCUAGUAAUAAGAGACCCAGUUGGUGAAGUUAAAAGCGAGGUCUUAGAAUCCGAUGUUUUUCGAAUUACACAAAAUAAUUCAAAUGUUGGUGCCACUGCCGAUCAACAUCAAGAUCCUCAACGGUAUCAUAGAGGGACAGCAGUACCUGCAGCGCAGCGGAGCCAAGGAGGCACGCGCAGGAGUGGGGGCAACAGCUCAAACAUGGCGCUGCCGCAGCUACAGCAGUUCACAUCGUCUGGUCGCUCUCCGGGCUGUUUCCGCUGCGGGAGGAACCACAACAGUAAUAUCAGAGAACUAAAUGAUGAUUAUUCGUUGGUCUACCCACCCUGCGUGGAGCUACCGCACACUGUAAACGUUUUUUCCAAUAGUGAUGGCGCCAGCAAUACUUCUGCCGGUAGUUCGGUUGAUGAUGUGUUUGUGGAUGCCGGAAUCGCGGAUAGUGAACGCGUGGAUGUCAGUGACUCGGAUUCUAGCUCCAUUGGUGAACAGGCUGAACUUACACGACCCAUACGUAUCCGUAAGGUACCGGAUAGGCUCCAAUACUAA